UUUUGUCCCGUUGGAAGUAGAUUUCGGUAACUUCGAAUCCUCUCCAAAAAGCCGAGGAUACAAGUUAGCACUUAGCAGCACCACCGCAGCCAUCAAACAAACUUGAUACCAUGGCCGAGCAGAAGAAGACUCCGGCUACAGUCAACACGAUUCAAAGAGUAUCAUGGGCAUAUUUUGUCCUGUUAGUCGUCGUGGCACCUGUAGCCAUCGCUGUGCUUGUCUACCGAGUGGAUGAGUUCGAUCCGGCGCCGCUGCCUGACCACGGUUUGUCUCGGGUUACCGUGGAGGUACCGAAGCACAACAAUCGAGUGCUUGAUGCGGCGGAGAGGGUUGGUGAUGGACUUCUGCAUGGUCCAGAAGACCUGGCUUAUGAUGCUGAAUCAGGUAUUAUUUACACGGGUUGUAGCGACGGGUGGAUAAAGCAAGUCACCGUGAAAGACUCGGCCGAGCAGACAAGGGUGGAGAAUUGGGUUUAUGUUGGUGGCCGACCUCUUGGCCUCGCGUUCGGACCUGACAAGCAACUCAUCGUCGCGGAAUCUUACAAGGGGCUAUUGAAGGUGAAUAGAGAAGGAUUGGUAGAAUUGCUGACAGACGAAGCUGAUGGGGUGAAAUUCCGACUGACAGAUGGCGUUGAUGUGGCGAACGAUGGCAUGAUUUAUUUCACGGAUGCAUCGUACAAAUAUGACUUGGACCAUCACAUGUUGGACAUCCUUGAAGGGAGGCCCUACGGGAGGCUCAUGAGUUUCGAUCCCUCAACCAAUCAGACCCAAAUACUAGUGCGCCACCUCUACUUCGCCAAUGGCGUAGCUCUCUCACCCGACCAAAGUUUUCUCGUCUUCUGUGAGACUCCGCGGCGAAGGUGCAGUAAAUAUCACAUCAAGGGCGAGAGGAAGGGAUCUGUAGAUAACUUCAUCGACAACCUGCCAGGUUUUCCGGACAACAUCCGAUACGACGGAGACGGACAUUUUUGGAUCGCCCUACCCUCGGCAAAGACGCUCUCCUGGGAUGUAGUACUAAGGUAUCCCUACGUGAGGAAGACGAUGGCAAUAUUGUCCAAGUACAUGCACCUGCCAAACAUUCAAAGGGACGGUGGAGUAUUGGCCGUCAAUUUGGAAGGAAAAGCAGUCGCCCUUUACUCUGAUCCUAGCUUGUCCAUGGUUUCUGGUGGGCUCAAGAUUGGCAAGUAUCUCUACUAUGGUAAUCUAGAAAACGCCCAUUUCACCCGCAUCAAUCUCACCAGACAUGCAGCAUCAGCAUCGUCAUAGCUUCUCCCGCUGAGACGUUAUUUAUGUCAUAAAUGUAAUUUCUGCUGUCUUUCCUUUCCUAAUAUUCUAUAUUUUGGGAUGAUAUAUAUAAUGGUAGAGGUUCCUUAGUCAGGUAAUUAGUUUGAGUUUAUCAGAAGAGAUUGUAAUGGAGUAGCUCAACCAUCAGGACCGGGAUGGGCGAUGAAAGCUUCCAUCAUUGUGUUCCGUUUUCAUCUCGUGGAUGGACAGUUUUGGUCCACUCCACGAGUUUGGUGACCUUGAAUUGAUGAAUGGGCCUUUGAAUGCUGAAAAUGUUGUUUUUUUCAA